UGCCAACUCAAUUUUUUAUUCUCUCUUCACUUUCCAACAAGAGAGAAAAGUGACUUCAUCUCCAUCAUUCUCUCCACUCUCCAUUUGUCUCCUCACACUCUUUCCCAUCAUUUUUUCAUACAAAGAGUUCAUUUUCCAUCCCCUGCAUUUCUCUCUAUAACUUAGCUUCCGUUUAUUCUUUUAAGCUUGUUUCAAAUUCUUCAUAAGCUAUGGGUAACGUCUUUUCAAUUCAAUGCGGUGAUGCCUUGAUCGGUCGUUGCUGGGAUUGCGUUGCUGGACAAGCUCUUUAUGUAUGUCAGCUUGAAGACAAUCUUCAAGAACUUGAGACUGCAAGAGAUAAAUUAAGAGAGCUGAGCAAUGAUGUGAUGCGGAUGGUCAUCAGUGAGGAAACUCCACAAACAGUGCAGCUGGAUCGAGUUGGAGGAUGGCUUUCAAGGGUAGACGCUACCAUUACUGAAGUUAAUUCUCUCCUCAACAGAGCUACGCGAGAAAGACAGAAAUUGUGUCUCGCAGGCUGUUGCUCCAAGAACUGUAAGUCCACCUACAUGUUUGGGAAAAGCGUUUCCAGAAGCCUCAAACAUGUGGUUGGUUUGAUGAGCGAAGGUGAAUUCAAAGAAGUGGUUAUCAGGGCCCCUGCUGUCCAACUUCAAGCUAAUCUCGAAGCUUUAAGGACUGCAAGACGAGAAUUAUGGGCUUCAAAGCAGGAUGUGAAGCGGAAGGUUGACUUUGAGGAAGGACAACAAAAGAAGGCGCUGCAACAAGUUCUAUUGUGGCUUUCGAUGGCGGAAGCGAUGAUAACCGAAGCAGAGGAGCUCGAAAGAGAUGGUCCGCAACAAGUUCAGAAAUUGCUAGCUGGAGAUAUUUCCAAUUACAUGUUCGUGGGAAGGGUCGCCAAAAAAUUAGAAGAUGUGAUUGCGCUAAAAGCCAAAGGAGAUUUUAAGGAAGUGGUUGAGAGGACACUUCCAGAACAAGUGGUAGUAAGAAAUGUUAAUCCAACAGUGGGCACUGAAACUACCUUAGACGAGGCAUGGAGCUUCAUCACGGGAGAUCAGGUGGGAAUUUUUGGCAUGUACGGUAUGGGGGGAGUCGGUAAAACUACUCUUCUUACUCAAAUCAACAAUAGAUUUGCCACUAUAUCUAAUAAUUUUGAUGUUUUGAUUUGGGCUGUGGUUUCUAAAGAUUUGAAACUUGAGAAGAUUCAAGAGCAGAUUUGGAAAAAAAUUGGCUUUUUGGAUGACAAAUGGGAAACGAAAAGUCUCCGUGAGAAAGCAGAUGACAUAUUCCAUGCAUUGAGUAGAAAGAAAUUUGUAUUAUUGUUAGAUGACAUAUGGCAACGAGUUGACCUUGAAGAAAUUGGGGUUCCUCUGCCUACAAGACAAAACAGAUGCAAGAUAGUAUUCACAACACGCUCUUACAGAGUAGGCAGGCAAAUGGAAGCUGAAAAGAUGAUAAAAGUGAAACCUUUGGAUUGGGAAGAAGCUUGGGCAUUGUUUCAGAAGAAGGUUGGGGAUAUUGAUCUAGAAAUUGUUCCUCUGGCUCAAGAUGUUGCUAAGGAGUGUAGAGGAUUGCCAAUCGCUCUCAUUACCAUUGGUAGAGCCAUGGCCAGUAGAAUUACAAGGGAAGAAUGGAAGCAUGCUCUUAAGGUACUAAGAAGUUCUGCCACAAGCUUACCAGUCAUGGAGGAUGAGGUAUUUCAAGAUAUGGAGGUUGAGGUAUUUGUACGAUUGAAAUUUAGUUAUGAUAGUCUGAGUAGUGAUAAAGUUAAAUCUUGUUUCUUAUAUUGUUCCUUAUUUCCGGAAGACUUUGAAAUUUGCAAACGUAGAUUGGUAGAUUAUUGGAUUUAUGAGAAUUUUGCUGAUCGCAGUGAGUCAUAUUCUAUAAUCGGUUCACUUGUUGGGGCAUGUUUAUUGGAAGAGCAAGGCGGACAUGUGAAAAUGCAUGAUGUGAUUCGUGACAUGGCUCUGUGGAUAGCAUGUAAAUAUGAAAAAGAAAAGCACAAGUUUUUUGUGGAAGCGGGUGCCCAAUUAACUCAAGUACCAGAGGUUGGAAAAUGGGAACGAUCAAAACGGAUGUCCCUGAUGGCAAACUCCUUCGAGAGAAUCCAUGAAGUUCCUAGAUGUCCUGAUCUUUUGACUUUAUUUCUCAGCGAUAAUGAUAAUUUGAGUGAGAUCAGUGAUUAUUUCUUUCGAUUUAUGGAUACACUAACCGUUUUAGACCUAUCAAGUACUAAUAUCAAAAAAUUGCCAGUAGGAAUAUCAAAAUUGAAAUCAUUGCAAUAUCUUAAUCUGUCAGGGACGCCGAUAAGGCAAUUGCCAGUUGAGUUGAAAAUGUUGGUAAAUCUGAAAUAUCUGAACUUGGAGGGUACUUUGCGGCUAAAUAGGAUUCCAAGGAGAGUCAUAUCUAGUUUAUCAUCAUUGCAAUUUUUGGAAAUGCACGACGCUGGUGUUUUUGACGUCCAAAAAGGGGAAGAUAAUAUAUUGAGGAAAGAUAAUCUGCUAAUAGAGGAGCUACAAUGUUUGGAACACUUGAAUGAACUGAGCAGCACAAUAACAAGUGUCUCAGGUCUCCAGAGUUAUGUCAACACCCUCACAUUACUCAACUGUACUCGAGCUCUAAGCCUUCAAUUGUUUCCUGGUCCACAAUCUCUCAACAUUUGGUGGUUAGCAAAUAUGAAGAAUCUAGGAAUUAUACAUAUGGCUGGUCGAAGUGACAUAGGAGAGCCGGAUGUUGAUGUUGUAAUGGAAGAGAUAGAAACACAUGAUGAUGCAGGUGGACGUCUAGGCAACUCAAUGAUCUCAAGGGAGACAUGCUUUAACAGCCUUAAAGUAUUGAAUUUAAUGGGAAGCCUCAGAUUGAAGGAUCUGACAUGGAUUAUUCUAGCUCCAAAUUUGACGGACUUGAAUGUGGGCGAGAACAAGCAUAUAGAAGAGAUAGUAAGUGUUGAAAAGUUAGAUGAUGUUCAAGUUGGGGAUGAAAAUUUUAACCCAUUUUUUAAACUCCAAGUGCUCAGCUUGCAUUAUUUACCACAACUGAAAAGCAUAUAUUCCAAAGCCUUGUCCUUUCCCUCUCUAGAAAAAAUCAAAGUAUAUGAAUGCCCACAGCUUAAGAAGCUGCCAUUAAACUCGAGCAGCGCAAAUGGAGGCAAAGUUGAGAUUAAUGCAGAGGAACGAUGGUGGAAAGAUGUUGAAUGGGAGGAUGAUUCUACUAAAACUACCUUUCUACCGUGCUUUGUGCCUCAUUGAUUUCCAUAGGUGGCAGAGGAUGAGCUGGCAAACUAUGGAGUGGUGUAGUUGGCCAAAUGCUGCAUUUAGCUUUCGAAGCUGUGCUGGUGGAGUCUUUUUUUUUUUUUUCCCCCCAUCUGGGUGUGUGGGUGGAGUUAUUUUGUUGAUAUUGCGCAUUCUCAAGUAUCAGGACUGCAAUUCUUGCGCAUUUCCUAUUACUGCAUGUGUAGCUUUUUGAGAUGUUUUCUUCAAUUUUGUAACUUUCUGUCUCAUCUUGAACUUGUUUUGUGUUUCAUGAGUUGAUUUGUUUUGCUCGAAUUUGCUUUUUGUAGGAGAGAACAAUAAAAUUUCAGGUAAAUUCAUCCUGCGUUUAA